AUAUAGAGGAGGCAUCAGGGCAAGUCAGCUAACACACACCAGCACUUCCUAUUAGAAAGAAAAGUAGAAUCUAAGGACUAAAUACUAUGUGUAUGUGUUUACAGGGAAUUUAAGUCUCUGAACUUUUCAAGAUGGAAACAACAUCCUCACUGAUUAAGUCAGUGUCUCGGCGUGUGUGGUCUGCACCUCAGAGGCCUUUUAGAGUUUGCUCGUGGAACAGAGAGACCAGAAAGGGGCUCACUGCCUCAGACUUAGAGGAGCUGAAGGAAAGGGCAGCCCAGACUCUGCUCAUUUCUACGCUGCUGUCUCUAGUGUGUGAGGAAGAUGGCACUGAAGUGGACUCAGAGGAGUUCCUCUUGGCCCUGCCAGACAACACAGUGCUUAUGGCCUUGGAGCCGGGACAGACCUGGAGACCACAUCCUUUAGGCCAUAGAGGCAGCAGUGUCAAACCUGCUGACAACAAACCCCGCACUGGUCGUGACAUCGCCCGAGUGACCUUUGACCUUUAUCGUCUGAACCCUAAGGAUAUUUUUGGUUCUCUAAGUGUGAAGGCCACAUUCCAGGGUCUGUACUCGGUCAGCGCUGACUUCCAAUGUCUGGGGCCAAAGAAGGUGCUUAGAGAGGCCCUCAGACUGAUCUCCACCGUACUCCAUGCAGCAGGUCACAUGUUAAUCACGUCUGCCACCGUGAUUCGCCGAAUCAUACAAGGAGCGGACUUCCUGCAAGCUCACGGUGCUCGCCAGAUUCAGGCAGAAUACUGGAACUGACUUGCUGCUCUUGUUU